AUGCGGCGCUGCGGACUUUCCGGUCCGAUCCCGCCAGGGAUUUUCAACGCGACGGACGCGAAGGUGAUCGAUCUGCGCGAGAACGCGCUGAACGGGUCGCUGCCGGCGGCGGCGGCGGCGACGACGCGACACGGCGCGGAACUGUUCCUCGCGCGAAACGACCUCGCCGGCGUCCUUCCGAGCGGUUUGUUCGCGAACGACGCGGUGAAGACGAUCGACGUCGCCGGGAACGCGUUCAACGGGUCGCUGCCGAACAUCACCGGCGCGGCGUUGCAACAUCUUGACGUGAGCUCCAAUCAUUUCACCGGGUUAUUCCCGACGUUGGGAGGAGGGGGCGCGUCGAGCACGCCGCAAAUGACGUUUUUAUCCGUCUCCGGGAACGCGCUCACCGGUUCGAUCCCUCCUUCGCUGUCGUCGUUGACGAAGCUCCAGGAGUUUCGCGCGAGCGACAACGCGCUGACCGGCGCGUUCCCGGACGUGUCGGCUCUGCGAUAUCUGCGCACGCUGGACCUCCGCGAGAAUUUCAUUCACGGACAGUUGCCGGACUCGAUAGGCGACUGCGCGCGGCUUCGAGAGCUUCACUUGAGCGCGAGGGCGACGGGAAACGGAAGCGGAAACGACGCCGGCGUCGCGAUAGCCCUCCCGAACGCGUCGGCGUGGUCCACGCUCGCGAAUUUGACGGAUCUCACGCUCUUGCGCGUCGGGCUCAACGGGACGCUCCCGUCGUCGUUGUUAACGCUCCCGGCGAUUCAAACGUUGGACGCGUCGCACAACGCGCUGAGCGGGACCCUGCCCGCGGUCGCCGCCGGGUCGUUGACGACGCUUCGAACGCUGACGUUGAACGAUAACGCGCUCGACGGCGAGGUCCCCGCGUCGUUGCUCGCGGCGCCGUCGCUCGAGACGCUGCGGCUGAGCGACAACCGACUCACCGGAAUAGAGACGCCCGCGCCCGGGUCGUCGAGUUCGAUCGACGUCAGCGGCGUGACCGGUCUGUACCUCGCGGGGAAUAAUCUGACGUCGUUCCCGAGCGCGCUUCAGAACGCGACGUCGCUGACUGCGCUGGAUCUCUCCGACAACGCGUUGGAAGGAUCGCCGCCGCCGUGGCUUGGACGCGCCCUCGGCGCGCUGCGCGAGCUCACCGCGUCGCGCGCCGGGCUCACCGGGUCGCUGCCCUCGACGUUAUUCGCCUCGCUGCCGGCGCUCGAGCGUUUGGACCUCUCGAACAACGCGCUGCGCGGCUCGAUCCCGCGCGACGACGACGGCGUGACGCGUCACUCGGAACUUCUCCGGUUUCAACGCUGCGCGUUGACCGGUCCGAUCCCGUCCACGAUCGGCGCGCUGACCGCGCUUCGCGAGAUCGAUCUCUCGAUGAACGCGCUGAGCGGCUCGGUCCCCGGGUCGAUCUCGGCGUUGCAGAGCACGCUCGCGUCGAUCGACCUGAGCGGGAACGAACUCUCCGGCGCGCUGCCGGCGAGUUUUUUCGAAGGCAUGACGCGGCUCGUGACCGUGAACCUUUCGGAUAAUAACCUGAACGGGUCGAUUCCGGCGCUGACGAUGUCCUGGCCGAUGCUCCAGACCUUGGACCUCUCCGAUAACUACUUCGAAGGCGUCGUUCCGCCGCUGAGCGAUCUCGCGGACUUGACGUCCAUCAACCUAUCGAACAACUUGCUGACCGGCGCGAUUCCGACGAUGUCGUCGCUCGUGUUUCUCGAGGUUAUCGAUUUACACGGUAACGCAUUUUCUGGUGCGUUACCGGACCUCAACAACCUCCACUCCCUCACCGACGUCGACGUGUCGCAAAACGCGUUGACCUCCGGUCUGGGGACGGUCGGUUUAGGCGCCGUCGCCGGGCUCGUCGUCGUGAAUCUCGCGCACAACGCCAUCGAAGAGGACGUCCCGGAUCCGCCCGCGUUCGAUUCGCUCACGAAUUUGAGGGAACUCUCGCUCGUCGGUCUCGGGCUCAGCGGGUCGACACCGUCGUCGUUGUUCACGCUCCCGGCGCUGCGUUCGCUCGACUUGUCUCGCAACGCGCUGAGCGGGAGCGUCCCCGCGGUCGCCCCCGGGUCGCUGGCGUCGCUUCGAACGCUGACGCUGAACGAGAACGCGCUCGCCGGCGAGGUCCCCGCGUCGUUGCUCGCGGCGCCGUCGCUCGAGACGAUUCGUUUGAGCGACAACGUCAUCGACGGCAUGGAGGCGCUCGCGCCCGGGUCGUCGAUCGACGUCAGCGGCGUGACCGGUCUGUACCUCGCGGGGAAUAAGUUGACGUCGUUCCCGAGCGUGCUUCAGAACGCGACGUCGCUGACCGCGCUGGAUCUGUCGAGAAACGCCCUCGCCGGGCCGAUCCCCGGGUGGAUCCGCGACCGCGACCGGCUUCAAGUCUUACGCCUCGGCGGCAACGCGCUGUCCGGCCCGUUAGACGACUGGCUCUCGGAUAACCGCCUCAUCGACCUCACGACGCUGACG